GCCCCACACUGAGGAUCGAACCCACCACCCAGGCCUGUGCCCGACCGGGAAUCGAACCCUGACCUCCUGGCUCAUAGGCCGAUGCUCAACCACUGAGCCACCCAGGCCGGGCCCCGGGCCGACUUCCCUGUCUCUUUAUCUAUCUGUGUCGCUCGCUCUCUUCCUCACCCUCUGUCUCUGGCCCCUUCCCUGUCUCUCCCUGACUCUCUCAUUGUCCCUUCAUCUGUGUCUGUCUAUCUCUGUCCCUGGCCUGACCUCAGUCUGUCUCAGGGUCUGGGUCCCCCCUCUCCCUGUCUCCCCCCCACCCCCAGCCUCUGCCCUGAGCCUCUUCUCUCCUCACAGCCUGACUUCGCGAUGCCCGGGUGGGCCCUGGUGCUGCUGGUCCUGGCGUUGGGCAGCGUCCCGCUGGCCUCAGGGACCCCUGUCCCAGCCCCGCAGCUCCCGCCUCAGCACUCUCCCCAGGCCACUCCCCGCCCUGCGGCCUCGGAGAGCCCCCCGGGGAAGAGCCCCCCAGCCAGCCCCGGCCCCCGCCCCGGCCCCCGCAUCACCCUCUCGCUGGACGUGCCCCUGGGCCUCCAGCAGAUCCUCCUGGCGCAGGCCCGGGCCCGAGCCCUGCGGGAGCAGGCUGCCGCCAACGCCCGCAUCCUGGCCCGCAUGGGCCGCUGAGCCUGGGGGAGGGGCCGCAGCGGAGCCGGACAGCACACUCCGUCCGGGGCCUGGGACGUCGGACUCGCCAUGUGGGGCCUCCGCCAUGUGGGCCACCUCACACCUGAGCACCUCAGGCACUUGUGUCUGGACGGCACAGCGGGUAGCGGCCGAGUAGAGUCUUGCCCACCUGGGGCCCCGCAGACCCCGUGUGCCCGACGGCUCGGACUCAGCCAGAGAGGUCACUGCCACCUGCAAGCUUGUUACGUGUGGGUGCCCCACGGCCCCGGAGCUUCUGGACACCCCUGCGGUCACUCUCACCACUGCCUCCGAGACCAUCCACUGCGACCAGACCCCCAGGCGGCCCCGCCCCCUCCUCGCAGAAGCCCUGAGCCUGUUUCCUCGGCCGUCCUUCCCGACGGUGACGCCGCCAAGCUCCCUGACACUGGGUGACGGGUGGACGGAGGGCUCCAGCCUGCAGGAGCACCCGGUGACCGACGGGGGCGGGCCGGCCGGAGUCACACCGGGUUUCACUGUGGGGCACCCAGGCAGGGACACACGGAGCUGCCACCCGGGCUCUGCUGCCCCUGCCCACUCCCUGCUCCCCACGCUGGCCCCUUGGCGUGGAAGGAGUAGGUUUUACCCUAUUUCACACUCUUUUUAAAAAAUAUAUUUUUUUAUUGGUUUCAGAGAGGAAGGGAGAGAGAGAAACAUCAAUGAUGGGAGAGAACCCAUUGAUCU